AUGUCCGCCGCGCUUGACGUCGCCUCUCCCAAGGCCGACGAAAUGGUGGGCUCCUCACCGAGCGAGUCCUCCCCGAUGCCAUCUCCGCAAGUUCGAAUGCACCCACAGCCGGAGUCGACGGCGAUGUGGAAAGGGGGCUAUCGGAGCCGAGCUCAAGCCGAGGAGGUUCUUCCCUUCGAGAGCGGCAGUGACGCGGGUCUUCCAGACGAUGAAGUUCCGGCCAUUGAGGCCCGGAAACUCACGGUCGUCAGUGGUGGAGGCUUGCGCUGGGCUUAUAACCUGUUGGAGUGGAGUCGAAGCCGCAGCCGUAGUGCAUCCGUGGACAGCUUGGGCCGUCGCCGACGUCGCGACUCGUCGUACAGCAGUCGCCGACGUCGUUCCGUCUCCUCUUCGCAUUCCCGCUCGCGCUCACCUUCUUACGGGCGCCACAGAAGCCGCCGGAGUCGCAGUGGUAGCCGUGGACGCAGUCGAAGUCGCCGCCGUCUGUACCACAGCCGCAGCAGAUCUAAGAGCCUGUCACCAGUGCGUCGUCGACGCUCUACCUCCCGCUCGAAGCCGCGUAAAGUGAAGGAUGCCACGAAGGAGCAGGCCAAGCCACAGGUUAAAGAACAGCAGGAGGAGAUCAAUGCUAUGUCGCAUUUAAGCGAAGAGGAGCAAAUGAAGUUGCUACUCGGUAUUGGAGGCUUCGACUCAACCAAAGGGAAGGCUGUAGAAGAGAAUCUGAAGAGCGCAGCCACGGGCACGGCACGACGCGAGACGAAGAGGGAGUACAGACAGUACAUGAACCGCAGAGGAGGGUUCAAUCGCCCUCUGGACAUGUCCUAGAAGCCCACUUCUCGCAACAUUUGAGCAAGUUUUCAACAUAGUCUUCGGAAAAUAAAAUUUUCUCUUAGUCAAA